AUGGAGACGGAGAUCCCCACUGCAGCCUUUGGAUCAUCGGACAACCCGAACUCUGGUAACAAUCUCAAGAGGAAGCGAAGGCCUCGUGCGCCGAUAGCUUGUGGUACAUGCCGGGCUCGUAAAGUCAAGGUCGGUCAAGCUCUGAUGAUGCCUUUAACGAACAGACAUGUUGACCACAUUCCCUUCAGUGUGAUGGAAGUUCGCCAUGCUCCAAUUGUGUUCGACACGAAUUCUCGUGCUCGUACAAAGAAGGACAGGAAGACCCGUAUACCGAGUAAAAGGUCAUCCUCAUACAAUCCCACCGGCCGCCUGCAACAACGUUUGCAGCCUCAACCUCAGCUGAUACCUCAGCCACAGCCAUCAUUGCCUGAGCAUCUUCACCCAUCACCAGUUAGCCUAGAUGAACCAAUUAAGCACGAGAACCCGAUCCAGCUGAACCCACAAGAGCCAAGCCGCAUGGAUAGGGGCUCAUCAACAUCUUCGGAACAAGAAGUAGACGGCCUCGGUCAGGUCAAUGAGCACACCGAGGGUGCCGAGUUUUACGGACCCACUGGGACAUUUUACUUCCUCGCCCGGCUUCGCUCUCGGGCGAACACACAGAAGCAACCGGAAGCCGGCACGCACCGUAAGCAAAGCUCCAUUGUAAAUCUCCUGCACAGUUCGGAUUACUCGACGCCUCCGGACUCUCGGAUUCUCGGUCAGAACCAGUUUGCAAAGGCAAGUCCGCAGAGCAAUGGCGGCAGGAGGGAGUCGUAUCAGCAAGGCGUUGUUGCCGAUGUCGUUCUUACCGCGGUGGAUGCCGCGUUUGCGACUGAGCUUGAGCGGGAAUGUGUCCGCCUGUACUUCCAAAACUUGCACAACAUCCACCCGAUCCUCGAACAGAUGACCUUUCUCAAAAGAUGUGAGGAAGAAAUAUGGUCGAGGCUUUCGAGGCCAGAUAUGAUAAUCUCUGCACAAAUGCGUCGGGAGGCGAGGUUUCUGGCACUGUACAAUGUUGUCAUUGCUAUCGGCGCUAUUACCGCGGGAGAGACGUCCUUACUCAUGGAAGACCACACCAAAGAGUUCUUGGACCGGACUGGGCAAACCAGCGACGAAGAAGCACUCUACCCACCUAUUCGCUUAGCAAGAAGAUUCUUCGAAAGGUCAAGGCUUCACCUUGAAGACAUUUGCGAGUCGAGUUCGCUUGAAACUGCGCAGACACUAUUCCUCAUGUCGGUAUUCGGUCAAAAUGCGUUGAAGCCUCAUAGCUGCUACAUGUAUAGCGGCAUGGCAAUAAGGACUGCGUCGGCUAUGGGUAUCCCAACUAAUACCCGUUCCGAGACAAGUCCGGAAAGCUUGCUUUGGUGGUCUCUCUACUCACACGAGAUCGAAAUGUGCUUUUCUGCUGGGCGUCAAUCGGGACUACGUGCUCCGAGCUCUUACUCAAUACCGUUCCCGAAAACCUCGCAUUUUCCCAACUCGGCGUAUUGUUUGAUCAAUCCUAUGGUUGACUUGGCCAAGAUCCUCAUGUGGAUGACGGACAACCUGGGCCUGCACAGUAGUCACACAUCCUUCCAAAGGCUGUCACAGACUGCGCUCAACCUGGACAGGGAGUUGGAUGACUGGAAGUCUGGUUUACCAAGACAGCUCCGAUUUGACACAUCAUCACUGGAAGACAGCGAAUUCGCCAUGAAGCAAAAGACUGUCCUCAAGCUACGAUUCCUGAACGCCAGGAUACUCCUUCACCGACAGUUCAUCAUCUCAAAGACGCAAGAAGCGGACCGUGACACCGUCGCGCGACAUGUGACCUCGUGCGUCAAAGCUGCCACCGAGACCAUCAAGUUCAUGCACACAAGCUACCUUCACCGACCUUACUUCAGGACAUGGUGGUACAACUGCAUGUACCUUCUAGACGCCUGCAUGGUCCUGCUCCACGUCCUAAUUUCAAACAUCUGUCCCUUCCCCGCCGAAGAGGUUAUGGAAAACAUCGAGCUGAGCCUCGACAUCUUCAAGGCAAUGAAAAUGCUCGCAGUAGCCAGACGAUGCGCCGAUAUUGUCAAAGAACUGCUCAAUGUCGCCGCGAAAACACAUUCAGUACAGCAGCGUCAGACGAGCGUGGCUACAGAAGACGAACCCGCGCUUAGGAUGCAUGAUGACCUUAGCCAGAUGAUCCAGACAUCUCCUGCAUUCAUGUCAGAUGGAAUUGGCCUCCAUCCUGGGGACACCGAGCUUGGAGACGCCAUGAUCCCCGGGGACUUUGAUGCGAACUUGGUGGAUCCGAAUGUUGUCUGGAACUUUUUGAAUUUUGAGCAUUGGAAUGCAUGGUCUGAUGCAGCUUUCAGGUGA